CUCCGCCGCGCCGAGGGCGUGGGCUCCCGGCUCCCGGAAGCGGCGGCCGCGGCGCGGAGCCGAGCGGGCGUCGAUCACCCGGAGCGGCAAUGCGUGGCGGCCGCCUCUUGUGACCUGAGCGCGGCGGGCGGGCAGGGGCUGCUGAAUGGCGGCUCUCUGAGGCGGCGGCGGCCGUGGCUGCUCGGGCGUGGCGUGGCGUGGCGGCGGCCUGAUGCUGCUUAAGCUCUUACAGAGACAGACCUAUACCUGCCUGUCCCACAGGUAUGGGCUCUACGUCUGUUUCGUGGGCGUCGUGGUCACCAUCGUCUCUGCCUUCCAAUUCGGAGAGGUGGUUCUGGAAUGGAGCCGGGAUCAAUACCACGUUUUGUUUGAUUCCUACAGAGACAAUAUUGCUGGAAAGUCCUUUCAGAAUCGCCCUGUUACACUCUUAUUCCCAAAUGUAUUGGAAAAAUGCAUGUAAGCUGGAAGACCUGUGGGUUUGCCCUAGGCUCUGUCUGCCCAUGCCGAUCGACGUGGUUUAUACCUGGGUGAAUGGCACAGAUCUUGAACUACUGAAGGAACUACAGCAAGUCAGAGAACAGAUGGAGGAGGAGCAGAAAGCAAUGAGAGAAAUCCUUGGGAAGAACACAACGGAACCAACUAAGAAGAGUGAGAAGCAGUUGGAGUGUUUGCUGACACACUGCAUCAAGGUGCCAAUGCUCAUCCUGGACCCAGCCCUGCCAGCCAACAUCACACUGAAGGACCUGCCAUCUCUUUACCCAUCUUUUCAUUCUGCCAGUGACAUAUUCAAUGUUGCAAAACCAAAAAACCCUUCCACUAAUGUCUCAGUUGUUGUUUUCGACAGUGCUAAGAAUGUUGAAGAUGCCCAGAGUGGAAUGUUUAAAGGAAACAGCAAACAGACAGUUUGGAGGGGCUAUUUGACCACAGAUAAAGAAGUCCCUGGGUUAGUGCUAAUGCAAGAUCUGGCUUUCCUGAGUGGAUUUCCACUGACAUUCAAGGAAACAAAUCAACUAAAAACAAAAUUGCCAGAAAAUCUUUCUUCUAAAAUAAAACUGUUACAGUUAUAUUCAGAGGCCAGUGUAGCACUUCUAAAACUGAAUAACCCCAAAGAUUUCCAAGAACUGAACAAGCAGACAAAGAAGAACAUGACCAUUGAUGGAAAAGAACUGACUAUAAGUCCUGCAUAUUUAUUAUGGGACCUGAGUGCCAUUAGCCAGUCUAAGCAGGACGAAGAUGUUUCUGCCAGCCGUUUUGAAGAUAAUGAAGAACUGAGAUAUUCACUGCGAUCCAUUGAGAGGCAUGCUCCUUGGGUUCGGAAUAUUUUCAUUGUUACCAAUGGGCAGAUUCCAUCUUGGCUGAACCUUGAUAACCCUCGAGUGACAAUAGUCACACACCAGGAUGUUUUUCGAAAUUUGAGCCACUUGCCUACCUUUAGUUCACCUGCUAUUGAAAGUCACAUUCAUCGCAUUGAAGGGCUGUCCCAGAAGUUUAUUUAUCUGAACGACGAUGUCAUGUUUGGAAAGGAUGUCUGGCCAGAUGAUUUUUAUAGUCACUCCAAAGGUCAGAAGGUUUACUUGACAUGGCCUGUGCCAAAUUGUGCUGAGGGCUGCCCAGGUUCCUGGAUUAAAGAUGGCUACUGUGACAAAGCUUGUAAUAAUUCAGCCUGUGAUUGGGAUGGCGGUGACUGCUCUGGUAACAGUGGUGGGAAUCGCUAUGCUGCAGGAGGCGGAGGUACCGGCAGUAUUGGAAUUGGACAGCCCUGGCAGUUUGGUGGAGGACUAAAUAGUAUCUCUUACUGUAAUCAAGGAUGUGCGAAUUCCUGGCUUGCUGAUAAGUUCUGUGACCAAGCUUGCAAUGUCUUGUCCUGUGGGUUUGAUGCUGGCGACUGUGGGCAAGAUCAUUUUCAUGAAUUGUAUAAAGUAACUCUUCUCCCAAACCAGACUCACUAUGUUAUUCCAAAAGGUGAAUGCCUGCCUUAUUUCAGCUUUGCAGAAAUAGCCAAAAGAGGAAUCGAAGGCACCUAUAGUGACAAUCCAAUAAUUCGACAUGCCUCUAUUGCCAAUAAGUGGAAAACCAUCCACCUCAUAAUGCACAGUGGAAUGAAUGCAACCACAAUACAUUUUAAUCUCACAUUUCAAAAUACAAACGACGAAGACUUCAAAAUCCAGAUAACAGUAGAGGUUGACACAAGAGAGGAACCCAAAGUGAAUUCUACGACCCAGAAGUCUUACCAAAAUUUGGUUAGCCCCACAACACUUCUUCCAGAGGCAGAAAUACUGUUUGAGGAUAUUCCUGAAGAAAAACGCUUUCCAAAGUUCAAGAGACAUGAUAUUAACACGACAGGAAGAUUCCAAGUGGAGGUGAAAAUUCCCCUGGUAAAUAUUUCACUCCUUCCCAAAGAGGCCCAACUGAGUCUCAGUAACUUGGAUUUGCAACUAGAACGUGGAGACAUCACUGUGAAAGGAUACAACCUGUCCAAGUCAGCCUUGCUGAGAUCAUUUCUGAGUAACUUACCAGAUACUGAAGUAAAAAUAAAUCAAGCUGUAAUAACAGAUGAAAGAAAUGACAGUGUAGAGGCCCCACUGGAAAAACAGGUUCACAAAAGCAUCUUGCCGAACAGCUUGGGAACAUCUGAAAGAUUGCAGAGGUCGACUUUUCCAGCAGUGACAAUGAAAGUGAAUGGUCACUACCAGAGUCAGAAUCCACCCCCGGACUUAGAAAUCGAAGAAAAAUUUAAAUCUGAAAUUCUGACCCAAAAAGUAAGAGGUGGAAGCGUGUCAAUAGAAAAUCUCUCAUCUCGGAUUGUUCCACUGGAAAAGCAGAUUACAAAAGAAAAGAAAAUCACAGGGAAAGAACAAGAGAAAAACAGAAUGGAGGAAAAUGCAAACAACUACAUAGAUAAUAAUGAAAUACUACCUGGAAGAAAACUGCAGCAUUAUACAGACAGUUACCUGGGCUUUUUGCCAUGGGAGAAAAAGAAGUAUUUCCAAGAUCUUCUUGAUGAAGAAGAGUCAUUGAAGACACAACUGGCAUACUACACUGAUAGCAAACACACUGGAAGGCAACUGAAAGAUACAUUUGCAGAUUCCCUUCGAUAUGUAAAUAAAAUUCUAAACAGCAAGUUUGGAUUCACAUCUCGGAAAGUCCCUGCACACAUGCCUCACAUGAUUGACCGAAUCGUUAUGCAAGAACUUCAAGAUAUGUUCCCUGAAGAAUUUGACAAGACGUCAUUUCACAAAGUGCGCCAUUCUGAGGAUAUGCAGUUUGCCUUUUCAUAUUUUUAUUAUCUCAUGAGUGCCGUUCAGCCACUGAAUAUAUCUCAAGUUUUUGAUGAAGUUGAUACAGACCAAUCUGGUGUCUUAUCUGACAGAGAAAUCCGAACACUGGCUACCAGAAUUCACGACCUGCCUUUAAGUUUGCAGGAUUUAACAGGUCUGGAACACAUGCUAAUAAAUUGCUCAAAAAUGCUCCCUGCUAAUAUCACUAAGCUGAACAGUGUUCCACCAACUCAGGAAGCAUACUAUGAUCCCAAUCUGCCACCAGUCACUAAGAGUCUAGUAACCAACUGUAAACCAGUAACUGAUAAAAUCCACAAAGCAUAUAAGGACAAAAACAAAUAUAGGUUUGAAAUCAUGGGAGAAGAAGAAAUUGCUUUUAAAAUGAUUCGUACCAAUGUUUCUCAUGUGGUUGGCCAGUUGGAUGAUAUAAGAAAAAACCCCAGGAAGUUUGUUUGCCUGAAUGACAACAUAGACCACAAUCAUAAAGAUGCCCAGACAGUGAAAGCUGUUCUCAGGGACUUCUAUGAAUCCAUGUUCCCCAUACCAUCCCAGUUUGAGCUGCCAAGAGAAUAUCGAAACCGUUUCCUUCACAUGCAUGAGCUGCAGGAGUGGAGAGCAUAUCGAGACAAAUUGAAGUUUUGGACUCACUGUGUACUGGCAACAUUGAUUAUGUUUACUAUAUUCUCAUUUUUUGCUGAACAGUUAAUUGCACUUAAGCGGAAGAUAUUUCCCAGGAGGAGGAUACAGAAAGAAGCUAGUCCCGAUCGAAUCAGGGUAUAGAAGAUCUUCAUUUGAAAAUCAUCUACCUCAGCAUUCACUGAGCAUUUUGAAACUCGGCAUCAUAGAGAUGUCUUCAUGAUGUGAUGCUUAGCCAGCCUGGCCUGAAGAAGGAAAAGCAUCCAGUACAAUACUUGUUUUGUGGUAUGAAUAUAGCCUACUGACCAGGAAUUGUUUAACCAAGACACAGAAAACUUGUGUGUUGAGUAGCUCUGACCUGGUUUUACUUUUAAAGCAUUUGCUCAUGGACCCAUCAUUCUUUUAAUGAAAAAUCUGACAAGAGAGAGCUCCCAAGUUCCCAUAGCAACCAUUGCCAACUUUCACAUAAAAAGCCUAGGCCAGCUUGGGAGCCAUUGUUUUUGUUUUUUCCAUUUCCCAUUUUUAAAAUAAGUAGCUACUAAGUUAUCUAGUUACCCUUACUUCUGAAAAUAAUGAAUUGGGAUAUCGAAACACGUUUUUAUAGAUGUUAUUUAAAUAAUGCAACAGUAUUCACCUUCUAUUGGCAAUACCUAAAUUAUGGUUUUUAUUAACAUUUAAGACCAUAAGUGGUCAAACUACUGAUGAGAUCAAUGACUGACAUCUGAAGUACUUUGUGCUUGUUUACUUCAGCCCCUAAGAAUGUGAUUUCAUGCAGAGGCCUAAUUACAAAGGGCUAGAGUUAAGUAGCAGAGCUACCUUCCAGAUGUAAUUAUGUUUUGGAAAUGUACAUACUCAAACAGAAGUGCCUCAUUUUAGAAAUGAGUAGUUCUGAUGGUACUGGCACAUUACAGUGGUGUCUUUUUUUAAUACUGAGUAUAUUCUAGUAGCUAGCUCUUUCAACUGCUUUCAUAUAAUGCAGGGGUCAGCAAACUUUCUGUAAAAAGCCACAUAGUAAAUAUUUGCAGGCCACAUGUGUCUCUGUUGCAUAUUCCUUAUUGUUCAGUUUUAGUGUUUUUUUUUUUUUUUUUUAACCUUUAAAACUGUCAAAAACCAUGUUUAGCUUGCAGCUGUACAAAAACAGGCCACCACCUGGAUUUGGCCCACAGGCCAUUGUUUGCUGACCACUGGGAUAGAGAAUUCGUAUUUUUAUGUACGAGUAAGCCCUGAUGUUCAGCUGUGUUUUAUUUAUAUCAUUAUAGUGAAUUUCUGGAGAUUAUAUUCCAUAAGUCCUUUUUGAACUCUAACAGGUAUUUUAAGAUCAUGAUCUCAACAGUAUUCUUUCAACACAUAUUUUGUAAAAAGAACUUGUAAUGUAAAUACUGUGUUUGUGCUAUAAGUGUUAUGUAUUUCAAAAUGUGAAGUCUCAUAAAAACUUACAUUUU